GCGGGAGUUGGUUCCUGGGGCAGGGUCCUUGAUCUUCCCCUAUCUGGAGCCAACGGGACCAAAGCAAACCCCGGCUACAGACUCCUGAGCAGCGGCUGCGGACUUCCCUGUCCCCCAGUUUAAAGGAAAUAGGGUGAAAGGCGCCUCCGCUCUGUCAGCCUGUCCCUCCGCUAACUCAGUCCGAAAGCACCGUGCAAAACUGCCGUGUACUCGCUUCCCCCCGCCCAGGGUGCGAGGCUCACCUGGUUGGGAGGUGCAUGCAGUGGAGCUGUGGUAAAGCUUAAUUCCCUCCUUUCCUACAGUCUGUGCCAGUAGCCCUGACCAAAGCUUUCUGUGCUGUAAGGGGCUUCCACAGUAACACAAAUAUCAGGAACAACACCAAUAACUUCCUCCUUGCUUCAGGACUGCUGCUUUGGAAUGGGUCUAAAAGGAAGCCUGAAGCCUAAAUGAAAUAGCAGCAUCCAAGGUCUAGAAAUUACACAUCAGAGUUUGAAUCAUGCAGACUGGAGGCUGUACCUGUGGAAUUUGGGGACUACCAUCCACUGAAACCCAUUACAGUUACUGAAUCCAAGACCAAGAAAAUGGGUCGGAAAGGAAGUACUUCCUCUACCUCCUCCUCUUCUUCCAGUUCAAUGAUAGACCCACUAAGCAGUGUGUUGGAUGGCACUGAUCCCUUGUCAUUGUUCGCAGCAACAGCAGAUCCAGUGACUACUGCAGCUAACACGGAUAGUACAAGAAAGAAACGUGAUAAAGACGACAGCUUGGUUGUAGGAAGUGACUUUGAACCAUGGUCAAGCAAACGUGGUGAAAUCCUUGCUAGAUACACAACGACUGAAAAACUCUCCAUUAAUCUGUAUAUGAGUUCUGAAAAAGGAAAAGCUACGACGCCUGGCUCAGCAGUUUCUGAGAAGGUGCGAACAAGGCUAGAAGAGCUGGAUGACCUUGAAGAGGGUUCACAGAAAGAGCUGUUGAAUUUGACUCAGCAGGAUUACAUGAAUCGGAUUGAAGACCUCAAUCAGUCACUGAAGGAUGCCUGGGCCUCUGAUCAGAAAGUAAAAGCUCUAAAAAUAGUUAUCCAGUGUUCUAAACUUCUUUCGGACACAACAGUAAUCCAGUUUUAUCCAAGUAAAUUUGUUCUAAUUACAGAUAUACUUGAUACAUUUGGAAAACUAGUAUAUGAAAGAAUUUUAUCCAUGUGUCUGGAUAAUCGCGGCUCUUUACCAGAUAAUUUUACUCCAGAAAGUGUUAAUGAUACUGCCAAAGAAACCUGUUUAAACUGGUUCUUCAAGAUUGCUUCAAUCAGAGAGCUCAUUCCCAGAUUCUAUGUGGAAGCAGCAAUAUUGAAAUGCAACAAGUUUCUGUCCAAAACGGGAAUUUCAGAAUGUCUCCCGCGACUAACGGCUAUGAUUAGAGGAAUUGGAGAUCCACUGGUUGCAGUCUAUGCAAGAGCGUACCUGUGCAGGGUUGGGAUGGAAGUGGCUCCUCAUCUUAAAGAAAGCCUUAACAAGAAUUUUUUUGACUUCCUUCUAACAUUUAAGCAAAUGCAUGGAGAUACUGUUCAGAAUCAGCUGGUAGUGCAGUGUGUGGAGAUUCCAUCGUAUUUGACUCUCUACUCUCCUGCUAUAGAUUGGAUUUUACAGUGUAUUGCGUACCGUGCUCCCGAGAUUCUGCUUACCGAGAUGAUGGAGAGAUGCAAGAAACUGGGGAACAAUGCCUUGCUGUUGAAUUCAGUGAUGUCAGCAUUCAGAGCAGAGUUUAUUGCUGCAAGAUCUAUGGAUUUUAUUGGCAUGAUUAAAGAGUGCGAUGAAUCUGGAUUCCCCAAGCAUCUUCUCUUUCGCUCUUUGGGGUUAAACUUGGCCAUGGCUGAUCCUCCUGAAUGUGAUCGCCUUCAGAUAUUAAAUGAAGCCUGGAAGGUUAUCACAAAAUUGAAGAACCCACAGGAUUAUAUUAACUGUGCAGAAGUGUGGGUGGAGUAUACCUGCAGACACUUUACGAAGCGUGAGGUCAAUACUAUUUUGGCAGAUGUUAUCAAACACAUGACUCCAGAUCGUGCAUUCGAAGAUGCCUAUCCACAGCUUCAGUCAAUUAUUCAGAAAAUUAUCACCUAUUUCCAUGACUUUUCUGUACUUUUUUCAGCGGAGAAAUUCUUACCAUUCCUGGAUAUGUUCCAAAAAGAAAGUGUGAGAGUGGAGGUUUGCAAGUGCAUUAUGGAAGCUUUUAUUAAACAUCAACAAGACGCUACUAAAGACCCUGUCAUACUCAAUGCUCUUCUACAUGUGUGCAAGACCAUGCAUGAUUCUGUGAAUGCACUAACACUUGAAGAUGAAAAGAGAAUGUUAGCAUCUUUGAUAAAUGGAUUUAUAAAAAUGGUAUCGUUUGGUCGGGACUUUGAGCAGCAGCUGAGUUUUUAUGUUGAAGCCAGGUCAAUGUUUUGCAAUCUGGAGCCUGUUCUUGUCCAGCUGGUUCAUUCUGUGAACCAACUGGCAAUGGAAACAAGAAAAGUGAUGAAAGGAAAUCAUUCCAGAAAGACAGCCGCAUUUGUCAGGGCUUGUGUUGCCUUCUGCUUCAUUACAAUUCCAUCUCUGACUAGUAUCUUUGCACGUCUUAAUUUGUACCUGAACUCUGGACAGGUUGCCCUGGCAAAUCAGUGCCUUUCACAAGCUGAUGCUUUUUUCAAAGCUGCAGUGAGCCUUGUUCCUGAAGUGCCAAAGAUGAUCAAUAUAGAUGGGAAGAUGCGGCCCUCUGAACCAUUCCUCCUGGAAUUCUUCUGUAAUUUCUUUUCCACUUUAUUAAUUGUGCCUGACCAUCCAGAACAGGGAGUGUUGUUUCUGGUGCGAGGACUACUCAAUGUGAUCCAGGAUUAUACAUGGGAGGAUAAUAGUGAUGACAAAGUUCGGAUUUACACCAAUGUUUUGCAUCUACUCUCGGCAAUGACUCAGGAGACCUAUAUCUACCACAUAGACAAAGUUGAUUCCAAUGACACCCUCUAUGGUGGAGACUCCAAGUUCCUGAUUGAAAUUAACAAGCUGUGUGAGGCGGUGAUUGCUCAGAUCCUGGACCAUCUGAAGACCCUUGGACAGGAGGAGACUCUGAAGCGCCAAAGCCAGCUGGCUCUCUACUUCUUUAAUAGUAUUUUAGCUCAUGGAGAUCUACGGAACAACAGACUAAACCAGCUUUCAGUCAAUCUCUGGAACCUGGCACAGAAGCACGGUUUUGCUGACACCAAGACCAUGGUGAAAACAUUGGAAUACAUCAAGAGGCAAAGCAAACAACCCGAAAUGAGUCAUUUUACAGAGCUGGCACUAAGACUCCCUCUGCAAUCCAGGACCUGAUGAAUGUUACCCUUUCCAGAGUCAUCUGUAACGAAGGGCAUGUUGCCAAGUCCAUAAAAUAGAAGCUUUAUCCUGAGCUUUUAUUAGAGUUCAAUGUAUUUUCAUUUUUAAGUUUCACUUAAGAGCAUGACAGAUUGAUUUGGACAAGGUAAAGCUGUUCUAACCAAGUGGAAUAAUUUGAGCUAAGUUUGGUUCCACUGAUGUCAUUAAACAGAAACUGAUUGAAAUAUUUAGAUUCAGUAAAGUGUAUCUUAAAAUUUCUGAUGGCAAAUAACAUUCCAGACCUGAAUUUGACAUGACUCAAACCACAUAGGAAGAAAAUUAUCCACAUAAGCAUAUUCAGGAGUUCCCCCUUCCCCCAUCUUCAUUCCAUUUAGGACAUAUUAUUCUCUCCUGUGUGGGAGCAAUAUGUUGAUGUAACAUCCUACUUCAUGAUCAGCAGUAGUUCUAGAUGAGAAUUAUGCCUGACUUUUUUGUAGACAGGGUUGUUUCCAAUAUUCAUGUGGCCAGUUCCAAUCUAACAGGAAUAUGGCUGAGAUGUUACUGUUUUCUGGAUUUGAAAAAUCAUUUUUGUAAUACACUUUCACCAACAUGUUUAUGCUUUUCAUUUUAGUCUAAAAAUGUUUUGUAAAAUGGAGGGAACCUCUACAUUUAAUCUGGCAAUCAGUGGGAACGUCUUCAGAGGAAAAUGCAAAUGUAUUUCAAGUCCUCUGGGUUUUCAGUCCAAAUGCACAGUAUGAUCAAAUAAAAACUGUUAAUGGGCA